AUGACUUACGCUUUAUCAGAAACUCAUAAACAUUUAACUGAAGGACAAUUAUCAGAAAUUGAUCCAGAAGUUGAUUCAAUUAUUAAAGAUGAAAUUAAUAGACAAAAACAUUCAAUAGUUUUAAUUGCUUCAGAAAAUUUUACAACUAAAGCAGUUUUUGAUGCUUUGGGAACUCCAAUGUGUAAUAAAUACUCUGAAGGUUAUCCAGGUGCAAGAUAUUAUGGUGGUAAUGAACAUAUUGAUAGAAUGGAAAUUUUAUGUCAAGAAAGAGCUUUAAAAGCUUUUAAUUUAUCACCUGAAAAAUGGGGAGUUAAUGUUCAAACUUUAUCAGGUUCACCAGCUAAUUUACAAGUUUAUCAAGCUAUAAUGAGACCUCAUGAAAGAUUAAUGGGUUUAGAUUUACCUCAUGGUGGUCAUUUAUCUCAUGGUUAUCAAACAGAUUCAAGAAAAAUUUCAGCAGUUUCAACUUAUUUUGAGACUAUGCCAUAUAGAGUUGAUUUAGAAAGUGGAUUAAUUGAUUAUGAUAUGUUGGAAAAAACUGCUGUUUUAUUUAGACCAAAAGUAUUAGUUGCUGGUACUUCUGCUUAUUGUAGAUUAAUUGAUUAUAAAAAAAUGAGAGAAAUUGCAGAUAAAGUUGGAGCUUAUUUAGUUGUUGAUAUGGCACAUAUUUCAGGUUUAAUUGCUGCCGGUGUUAUUCCAUCACCUUUUGAAUAUGCUGAUAUUGUUACAACUACUACUCAUAAAUCUUUAAGAGGUCCAAGAGGUGCUAUGAUUUUUUUUAGAAGAGGUGUUAGAUCAAUUAAUCCAAAAACUGGUCAAGAAAUUUUAUAUGAUUUAGAAAAUCCAAUUAAUUUUUCAGUUUUCCCUGGUCAUCAAGGUGGUCCACAUAAUCAUACAAUUGCAGCUUUAGCAGCAGCUUUAAAACAAGCUUCAACACCAGAAUUUAAAGAAUAUCAAGAACAAGUUUUGAAAAAUGGUAAAGCAUUGGAAACCGAAUUUAAAAAUAAAGGUUAUAAAUUAGUUUCAGAUGGUACUGAUUCUCAUAUGGUUUUAGUUUCAUUAAAAGAUAAACAAAUUGAUGGUGCAAGAGUUGAAACUGUUUGUGAAAAAAUCAAUAUUGCUUUGAAUAAAAAUUCAAUUCCUGGUGAUAAAUCAGCUUUAGUUCCAGGAGGUGUCAGAAUUGGUGCUCCAGCAAUGACUACAAGAGGCUUAGGUGAAGAAGAUUUUAAAAAAAUUGUUAAUUAUAUAGAUUUUGCAGUUAAUUAUGCAAAAGAUUUACAAGCAAAUUUACCAAAAGAUGCCAACAAAUUGAAAGAUUUCAAGAAUGCUGUAUUAAAUGGUAAUGAUGAAAAAUUAAGUCAAGUUAAAGAAGAAAUUUCACAAUGGGCUGGUUCAUUCCCAUUAGCUGUCUAA